AUGUUUGUUCUCAUCUGUGCGACUCUGCUCUUCUCUGUGAGACGCAUCACUGCUGCUACAGGUUCAUCAGUGGAGGGAAAGGAACCCUGUAAAGAUGGAUUCUGUGUCACUUUCAGAGAAGGAGAAGUAAAAGCAGAGGCUGGACUCUGUGUGGUCAUACCGUGUUCUUUCAAAACCGAUUCUACUUUUGUCGCCAACCAACUGGUGUUUUACAAAUGUGAUCCAUCAAAACGAUUUUGUGCUGAUUCAGACACAAUAUUUCAUUCUAACAAGAGCAACAAAGUUCAGUCUGGGUUUAUGGGACGAGUUUCGCUGCUGCAGCCUGACCUGAAACAGAAGAACUGCAGCAUCAUCAUCAAUGACCUCACUGAGUCUGACUCUGGAUCAUAUCAGCUCAGAUUACUGAAAGGAAACACAGAUACAUAUCAAUCCUCUUCAAAAGUAAACAUCUCUGUCAAAGGUCUGACCCAGAAGCCCACAGUGGGGAUUCCUCCUCUGGCAGAGGGGCAGCAGACCACACUGAGCUGCACUGCUCCUGGUCUCUGCUCUGGAUCGGAUCCUGAGAUCACCUGGACGUGGAGAGGAGCAGGAGAGAAGGACUGUCCCAUCACAGGAAGCAUCACUGCUGUGAAGACCGAGCACCUGACUUGUGUCACACGGAGACGCAGCUCCACUUUGACCUUUAACCCUUCAGCUGAACACCACGGCACCAAUGUGACCUGUAAGGUCAGCUUCACCAACAACAUCACUACAGAGGAGACGGUGACUCUGAAUGUGACCUAUCUGCUUUAUUCAUUUUUCAUGAGCUUCACAAACCCACAGGUCCUCAUUGCCUUUUCGAUGGGGAUUCUUUCAGCAACCGUCUGCUGUUUGGCCCUAAAAUGCUGCAGAAACAAACGGAACUCUGGUGGAAUGGACCUGCAGACGGUGACCACUCAAGCGGUUCCACUGAUGGAUCCUAAUCAAGCAGCGGGCAGCGACGGGACCCACGGCCCAGGAGGUGACGUGGAGUACUCGGACAUCGACUUUUCCUCGGUGAGGAGGAAGCGUGCCGGAGGGGCCGAGGGUACGCAGGAGACCCCAGACACAGAGUACGCCGAGAUCAACAUCGAGGGAACGGAGGAGAGGCAAAGCGACGGUGCUGAGGACGAUUGA